CAUGUGCCGAGGAAUCCCAGGCACGUCCUGCCGUCACAAUCCUGGUCCAUCCUCUAGUGUGUCUGCUCGCGAAUAAAUCUACACACCGCUGCGGUUGGCCGUGCUGUCCUCUUCUCGCCUCUUCUUUCCUUCAUUCGCGCAUCAAUUGGUGACCAUGAACCACGACAGCAACGACACGCAGAAAGUCAAGCUCACGGGCGAGCAGGUGGCUGAGCACAACUCCAAGGACUCGUGCUGGGUCAUUGUUCACGGGCGCGCAUACGAUGUCACCGAGUUCCUGCCAGAGCACCCGGGCGGGCCCAAAAUCAUAUUAAAGUAUGCCGGCAAAGAUGCAACCGAGGAGUUCGACCCCAUUCACCCUCCAGACACCCUCGACAAGUAUCUCGACAAAAAGCAUCAUCUCGGUGAGGUCGACAUGAACACGGUCGAGCAGGAGGAGAAGGAGUUCGACCCGGAUGAGGAGGAGAGGCAGAAGCGCAUUGAGACCAUGCCAGUCCUCGAGCAGUGCUAUAACCUGAUGGACUUUGAGCAUGUUGCGCGCCGCGUCAUGAAGAAAACGGCUUGGGCGUACUACUCCAGUGGCGCCGACGACGAAAUCACUAUGCGCGAGAACCACACCGCCUUCCACAAGAUAUGGUUCCGGCCACGCAUCCUCGUAGACGUCGAAAAUAUAGACACCUCUACCACCAUGCUCGGCACCAAGACCGACAUGCCCUUCUACGUGACCGCGACCGCCCUCGGCAAGCUGGGAAAUCCCGAGGGCGAGGUCCUCCUCACGCGAGGCGCAAAGAAACACAACGUCAUCCAGAUGAUUCCCACAUUAGCAUCGUGCUCGUUCGACGAGAUAAUGGACGCUGCCGAAGACGGCCAAGUGCAGUGGCUCCAGCUCUACGUAAACAAGGACCGCGAGGUGACCAAGCGCAUUGUCCAGCAUGCCGAGAAGCGCGGCUGCAAAGGUCUCUUCAUUACCGUCGACGCGCCGCAGCUCGGCCGCCGAGAAAAGGACAUGCGCACAAAGUUCCAGGAUGUGGGCUCGAACGUGCAGUCCACCGGCGGCAGCGAUGUGGACCGUAGCCAGGGUGCCGCUCGGGCCAUCUCGUCCUUUAUUGACCCGAGCCUCAGCUGGAAAGACAUCCCUUGGUUCCAGUCGAUCACAAAGAUGCCCAUCAUCCUGAAGGGCGUUCAACGUGUCGAGGACGUUAUCAAGGCUGUCGAGGCUGGUGUGCAGGGCGUAGUGCUGUCCAACCACGGAGGCCGCCAGCUCGACACCGCGCCUUCUGGCGUAGAGAUCCUCGCCCAAGUAAUGCCUGCGCUUCGCGAGCGCGGCAUGCAAGACAAGAUCGAAGUGUUCAUCGACGGCGGUAUUCGACGAGCAUCUGAUAUCGUAAAGGCGCUCUGCCUGGGCGCAACCGGUGUUGGCAUCGGCCGGCCGUUCCUUUACGCCAUGUCUGCGUAUGGUCUCCCCGGUGUAGACCGCGCGAUGCAAUUGCUCAAAGACGAAAUGGAGAUGAAUAUGCGACUUAUUGGGGCGGCAAAGGUCUCGGAGCUCAACCCUACACUCGUUGAUGCCCGAAGUCUGCAUUUGCACACGACCACCGUCCCAGAAGACACGUUGGGACGCAGGGUCUACGACCCGCUAGUCGGUCCUAAGGAGAAGGCUGCAGCGAAUUACUCCGAAAAGGCCAAGUUAUAAAUAAUACUAGGUGCAAUGCUGGAUCAUGUAGAGGAACUGUACGUAC